ACACGACGCACGCCACCGGGCCAGCUUCCGGCUGUCAGCAGCAGGGCGCGGGCACGCGGGCGGUGGGUUUCUGAAUGGGCGGAGCAACUUUUCCUCACUUCCGCUUUCCUCUGCUGCCAGCUGUCCUACAUCGCUGAAGAUGAGAACGGGAAGAUUGUGGGCUACGUCCUGGCUAAAAUGGAAGAGGACCCGGAUGACGUACCCCACGGACACAUCACCUCACUGGCUGUGAAGCGCUCCCACAGGCGCCUAGGCCUGGCUCAGAAGCUCAUGGACCAGGCUUCGCGAGCCAUGAUCGAGAACUUCAAUGCCAAAUACGUCUCCCUGCACGUCAGGAAGAGUAACCGGGCUGCCCUGCACCUCUACUCCAACACCCUCAACUUUCAGAUCAGUGAAGUGGAGCCCAAGUACUAUGCAGACGGGGAAGAUGCCUACGCCAUGAAGCGGGACCUCACCCAGAUGGCCGACGAGCUGAGGCGGCACCUGGAGCUAAAGGACAAGAGCAGGCACGUCGUGUUGGGUGCCAUUGAGAACAAGGCAGAGGGGAAAGGUGCCCCACUGCCGGGCCCAGGGGAGGCCUGCCGGGAGGAGAAGGCCUUGGCCGCCGAAGACAGCGGUGGGGACAGCAAGGACCUCAGCGAGGUCAGUGAGACCACAGAGAGCACGGAUGUCAAAGACAGCUCAGAGGCCUCCGACUCGGCUUCCUAGAGCCUGCGCCAUCCGCCUCAGCCCUUGGGCUGUCCCAAUAAAGCUCAGCGCGUG